ACCGACCCACCGCACCGCGCCGCACUUGCGCCAGAACUCGGGAGAGCGAACGAACGCCUCGUGCUCGUCUCGUGCAACAAACGAAUCCUCCUCUUCUUUAUUCUUUUUUUUUUUCGUCCUCGCCCUUCCGCCUCCUUGGUUUCGCCGCCACCCCGGCGAUCUCCGUCGACCCACCCGCCCGCCGCCACCGCGGAUCUCGCUCGGUUUCGCCGACCCUGACGGGGAACCAACCAGAGCUAUAAGACGCGCCCCUCCCCCCUCUCGCUCUCGAUCGAGUCCGCGGGCGUGGUUCUGUUCUCCGAUUCCUUCCCAGGAUGGCUGCUUCCACGUCCCAGCAUGCGCUCGUAUCCGUCAAGUCGUUGUGCACCGGUGCCAACUUUGGUUUCGAAAAGAGAACCAGCAAAGUGCGUUUUGUUUUGGUUGGGAGGUGCUGCUCGGGCACCCGGAAAUUGGGUUUGGUAUGCGCUUCAAACUCACAUUCUUCGGUGAUGGAGCCGGCUCAGCUACCAUUGAGCCCCGAGAGCGGAAACACCCCAAAGAAAUCAAGUGAAAGUGCGCUCAUAUUGAUCCGGCAUGGUGAAUCGCUAUGGAAUGAGAAAAAUCUAUUUACUGGCUGCGUCGAUGUGCCCCUGACCCCAAAGGGUGUUGACGAGGCAAUUGAGGCGGGUAAAAGGAUAUGCAAUAUCCCAGUUGAUGUAAUAUACACCUCGUCACUAAUUCGUGCUCAGAUGACCGCUAUGCUUGCCAUGAUGCAGCAUCGUCGUAAGAAGGUUCCAAUUGUUGUGCACAGUGAGAGCGAACAAGCUCACAGGUGGAGCAAGAUAUACAGUGAAGAGACAAAGAAGCAAUCAAUUCCUGUCAUAACAGCUUGGCAGCUGAAUGAACGAAUGUAUGGGGAACUACAAGGCCUUAACAAGCAAGAAACUGCUGAUCGUUUUGGCAAAGAACAAGUUCAUGAAUGGCGUCGCAGUUACGACAUUCCUCCCCCAAAUGGCGAGAGCCUAGAGAUGUGUGCAGAGAGAGCAGUUGCUUAUUUUAAAGAUCAAAUUGUACCUCAGCUUGUGGCAGGAAAGCAUGUGAUGAUUGCUGCCCAUGGCAAUUCACUUCGUUCAAUUAUAAUGCACUUAGACAAGUUGACUUCUCAAGAGGUUAUCAGCCUUGAACUGUCUACUGGCAUUCCUAUGCUGUAUAUAUUUAAGGAAGGAAAAUUUAUUAGACGGGGGAGUCCGGCAGGCCCUUCUGAGGCAGGUGUCUAUGCCUACACCAGGAGCUUGGCUCAGUACAGACAGAAGCUUGACAACAUGUUUCAGUAACCAUCUGCUCUGUUUCCACCAGCAUCUGAGGAAUUUUCAUCCGUCGAACAUACAGUUUAUCCCCCCAUCUGCCACAAAGAAGUGGCUAAGCAUACUAUUCAGUAUGGGCUGCAGUUUGUAGCAUCCUUCUUUUUCGUUUCGUUUGAAACCAUGCAGCAUGUAACAUGGAUGUCUAGAGACUUUAGGGACAAAUUAGGUGAUGACCUAGAAGAUACAAACGGGGAUGAAUUUACAUCACCAUUGUGUUCUCGUUUUGUGGCUCACCAUUCAUAAGAUGUUGCGAUAACAGAAAUUUGUAAUGGAUUCAUAUACUGGACAAGUUGUGUGUGAGCUAUUCUGCCUUUUAUACUUCUCCUGA